CAGGAGCCCCUCGGGAGGCUAGCGUCCCCCCGCAACCCGGACAUCCCGGAGAUGUACAAGAGCGCCUACAAGGGCAUGGGCGGCGAGGCCGGAGGCGUCGUGGGGAUGCUCGAGGUCAUCGAGACGGACUUCGCCCGCCUGGAGGCGGACACCAAGGCCGCAGAGGCGGCCGCGCAGAAGGAGUACGACGAGUUCAUGGCCGACUCCAAGGCAGACAAGGCCGCCAAGGAGCUGGAGAUCGAGAACAAGAACUUCAAGAAGCAGGACGAGGAACAGGCCCUCGUGGUGUGCACGAAGAACCUGGAGGGCACCCAGAAGGAGCUCACCGCCUCUCUGGAGUACUUCGACAAGCUGAAGCCCUCCUGCAUCGAGGUCGGCGUGAGCUACGACGAACGCGUGGCGCGGCGCAAGGAGGAGAUCGCCUCCCUGCAAGAAGCGCUCAAGAUCCUCAGCGGCGAGGACAUCUAG